AUGGUCAUGCCGGAGGCAUAUCGAAACCAAUUUCAGGAAGUGCAGAAAUCCAACGUGGGUGCGAGCUACGGAGGAAACUCCAAAUUGACGGAACAAAAACGGUUAGCACUCACUGUGCUUGCGCUAGCAGAUUCGGAUCCCGAAUGUCUCCAGAUUAUGGCGGAUGCGUUUCAGGAGACAAAAGGCGGCUUCCUACACCAUAUCUAUUGGGACGACCUGAUAAAUCCUGAUGAGGCAACGAAGACUUUCCAGUCUGGCGACAACGGCCCAUUUGCCCCAGACUCUUGCGUGGUCAUGUAA